AUGGAGUGCGUGGUUCAGGGAAUUAUAGAAACACAGCAUGUUGAGGCCCUUGAGAUUCUUCUUCAGGGUCUUUGUGGUGUUCGCAGAGAAAAUUUGAGGCUCCAUGAGAUAUGUCUUAAAAGUGGCCCGAACCUUGGGGCUGUAGCUUCAGAGGUUCGACUUAUAUGCAAUCUUGAGCAAACUGAACCAACAUGGACCGUAAGGCAUAUAGGAGGUGCAAUGAGAGGUGCAGGUGCUGAGCAAAUUUCAGUUCUAGUAAGAACCAUGGUCGAAAGCAAAGCAAGCAAGAAUGUGCUUCGCUUAUUUUAUGCGCUUGGCUACAAGUUGGACCAUGAGCUUCUGAGGGUGGGAUUUGCCUUCCAUUUCCAGAGGGGCACACAGAUCACUGUGACUGUGUCAUCAGUUAAUAAGAUGCUACAACUGCAUGCCACAGAUGAGGCUGUCCCUGUAACUCCCGGGAUACAGUUGGUAGAAGUGACAGCCCCUGCUACAUCUGAAAACUAUACUGAAGUUGUAGCUGCAGUAUCAUCUUUUUGUGAAUAUCUUGCACCGCUCCUGCAUUUGUCAAAACCGGGCAUUUCAACUGGGGUUGUUCCUACUGCUGCUGCGGCUGCUGCAUCUCUCAUGUCAGAUGGUGGGGGUGAAGAGUUGAGUUCCUAG